AUGCUAGACAACCUUAACCUGUUGAGACUAAUAGGUUUUGUGUUUAUUUUAAAAGGUAAUGUAUCGAUUUAUUGUUUUUUUUAUACAGAUGUCUCAAUAAUGCCUUCAUUCAUCGGGACAAUAAAUAAAACAAACUCUUCAUACCUCACACACACAGAUGCUAGCUGCUCGAGCUGCUGAAGGCGGUACUUCAGUCCCGUUACACGCACGCGCACACACGCACACGCACCGACUGACUGACCACCAGCGCACCGACCGACCGAACAUGACGCGAAAAACAAGAGAAAACCGCGACAGAAGUGGAGGAUUUCGAGUCGUGUCGUUCUUCAAAUGCUGCAUUUCACUCGUGGUGUUUACAGGGGUGUCGAGGUGUGAUGCCGUGCAGGUGUCAGUGCGUGACGAGCGGCGCUUUGCGAUGCUGUUUCAGUCUGUGGUUUUGCCUUGUCACUACACCACCGUCUCCACGCAGACUCCGGUGAUCCAGUGGUGGUACAAGUCGUACUGCCGCGAUCGCACGCGCGACAUCUUCCGCUUCCCUGUCACGCCGGCGGUCCAGAUCUCUGAGUCGGGCUCAUCAGUUCACCUCGACUGCGGGGACAGCGAGCGGACGGUCCGCAUCGUAGCGUCUGGACAGGGGUCUUCCAUCACCCUCUCUGAGUACUACAAGGGCCGAGACAUCUCCAUCAUUAACAAGGCUAACCUGCGCAUUGGUGAGCUGCAGUGGGGUGACAGUGGUCUGUAUUACUGUAAGGUGGUCAUCUCAGACGAUCUGGAGGGUCAGAAUGAAGCUCACGUGGAGCUGCUUGUGUUGGGUCAGACACGUAUGACCGAUGAUCUUCUACCUGGCAUUAAUAUGGAGAUUAUUCCAGAGUGGGUGUUUGUGUGUGUUGUUGUCAUAGGCAGUAUUGUGGUCAUUCUGUUGGUGGGGUUAUGUUGGUGUCAGUGUUGUCCUCAUUCCUGUUGCUGUUACGUGAGAUGUUGCUGUUGUCCGGAUAGCUGCUGCUGCCCUCGACACUUGUACGAAGCAGGAAAAGGGAUAAAGACGACACCACCUACGCCUGUGGCCAUGUACCCGACAUACUACAUACCUGGGAUGCCAACCAUGAUGCCUAUCGCACCCCCCUCCUUGGUGGAUCCUCACCUGAGCUCAGUGGAGAGUAAUGGCACGACAAUGUGCAGUGGUUUUCAUCUGCAGCCCGCAUCAGAUCAGAACUCUCUGAAGGUGUUGCAGUAUGUGGAAAAGCAGCUUGCUGAAUUCAACCCGUCACAGACGCUCAGUAGUAGCAGCAGCAGAGACACGUGCGGUCUGUCUGAACUGAGUUCAUUACACGACGUAGAAACAGACUUCCGUCAAACCUACAGACAAGUGCAAAAAAAAGCUCUACCGGCCAUCCCUGACCUCGAUGACGUGCCGGACCUCCUGACAUCAGAUUUAUCAGCUUCUCACGAGGAACGAUACACACGCCAGCCUCAGCGCAGACUCCGUGAGACGGACGACAACCCCAGGUGGAAGCCACGCUCAGAACACUUAAAGAGGAAACCUUUCCUGGAACGUGGACGCACAGGAUCGCUGGAUGAGCUAGAGGAGUUAGCAAUGACGUGUAUGCAGCGAGGGCGUCGUCACGGCGACUCAGGAUUCAGGAAGGAUGACUACAGAUCACGGGACCGAGAACGAGAACUGGAACUCGAUGGUUAUCCGAUGUAUUGUUCCAAACGUCACUCUUCAAGGGAGCGCCCACCAAGCCCUCCACCCUUACCUGGGCAAAGGCCCGGCCCUUGGGAAAACAACAAACUAGAGCCUGAUCCACGAGAAUACGAUGAUGCUCUUCUCAACAUGGAGUGUAAUGAUAAAGCAGGAGAGAAAGGUUCAUAUAAAACGAGAAGGACUGAGGAGGGUUCAGACUCGCCUUCUAAAAACAGCUCCAAAAAGAGUCAUGAGCGUCUGAAUGGCAGGUCACCAAGCAACCGGUCACCUUACCAUAAGACGGCAGAGCACACGGAAUCCUUACCCCCCUACACGGAGAAAGAACAUUCCCGCGAAGCAGAGUCCACACAACAACCACUCAACCACGCGCGCUCCAGUCACGGCCGACAGGAGGAACACAACCGACCUCGUAAAGUGGGUAGAUUGAAGUUCUUCGGGGGCCGAGAGAUCCCCACAUGCAGAAAAACACGACAUGAUGUAACAAACUAGCGUUCUUAGAGAGAGAGACACACACAGAGACGGCGCUUUCAAAAAGAGAAAAGAGGUCAAAUACUAUUGAAGCUGAAUAUUUGACAUGAACACACACUCCUGAUCUGUCUUUAUGUAUUGUGUGGUAUUUUUCAGACUUUUGUGUUACUUUUGUGUAUAGUUUUAAUGUUACUGCACAUUAUGUAUAAUAUUUUCAUCAGUAAUACAUGUGCAUGCACACACACUCUCUUUUCCAUGUUUUAUGUGGACAUCCUAUAGACAAAAUGUCAGUGUUAAUACAUUACAGUAUUUUUGAAUACACUAAAUAAAGUGUAAAACUGUGGAGUUUAUUACAUCAUUGUGAAAGCAGGACAGAUCAUCAGAAAGACACCAGCAUUUUGAAAACAGUAAUUUUCUAAGUAAAGAAAAUACAUGCAGUUAUUUAUUGUAUUAGGUAAAUAUCAUAUACAUAUAAAACAAAGUGGCCCUUACAUUCACCAAAUUUUUCACAUUUUGUCAAUGAUUUUAAAAUAUAUAUAAUGACAUUGGAACAAACAGGUAAAAAAAAACUCUGAAAACAUGUAAUUGUUUAAAAGCACUUAUCUUUAUUUAAAGUGAUGGUUUUCUUUUCUGUCUGGCAAUGUCAUGUAACACAUGUUGUAUUGUAUUUGUGGUGAUAAAAAAGUGUACGAGAAUCAAGGGGGGGAAAGAAAGACACCAGCAGUCACACACAGCGGUGACAUCACUGUAUGAUGAUGUCAUUACACGUCACAUGUUCAGCAGAGUGUUUGUUUGUUUGUGGUUCUAUAGGAGAUCAGAUCCUGUGUAUUCCGUUGUACUCUUCUUAAACGUUAAAUGAUGUUGUUGCACUAAUAAUGGUUUUAUUCCAGUACUUGACAGAAUGAUUCAUAUUAUUACAGUUUACAGUCUAUGAGGACUGAAUCUUUGUCAUGUUUACAUGUUUCUUUUUAAGUUUUUGCUUUAUUAUUGUUGUGUUUUAUGUAUAUUAGUUUGAGCAGGCUCAUAUCUUGUAUAGUAUGUCACUAAAACCUAAAGUAAAAAUGUUUUUUUAAUCGUCUGUGUGUUCUGUUUGCCUUUUUUGUUUAUGUCCGUGUGUGUGUGUGAGAGAGAGAGUCAUAAAGCUCUUUGUCUAUUGUCUGAAUGCUGAAAGAAUUCUCAUAAAAAGAGACAACAUGACUUCUCUUACAUUUUGAAACAGAAACUGCACACACACGCAUACAGGCUGACGGUUUCCAUGAAAGUCGUGAUGUGUGCCCUACGGGUAUGCGGGCGAGGAAUGUGGUUAAG